GCCAAUCAGAUUCAAAAAAUGGCCUCGUCUUGUUGACAACGCUGGCUUCACUUCCGCUGUGAUAAUGAGGGCCGCACCGGCGACAGUAACAGAAAAUAUCUGAAGUGUUCGUGACGUCCCAAAAAUACAGCUACUGCUGGUCUUUGUUUACAAGAAGAUUUGGCAGCUCAUCUAAGAGAGAACUGAACAGUGGAAGUUAUCCUGCUGGUGCAUUCAUCAAAGAAGAGGAGGCAUAUUACAGCUUGUAUAACUCAAGAGGAUGGGGCUUCGUUUUUAAAGGGGGGGAAAAAGCAAGAGAAGAAAUAUAAACAGCAAAUAAAAACAGAACCAUCAGACAGACCGAGUCUGUCUUGAUCUUGUCCACCCUCCCUUGUGUGUCUCCGUCACUCCUCCAUCAGGAUGAAGCUGAAGGAGGACGUGCCUCCUCUUUUCUUACACGUCUUUCGCUCUGUGGUUUGGGUCUACUCCUUCAUCACCUUCAUACCCUGGUACUUCCUGUCCGGAGCAGGGGCCAAUCAGAACCGUGCCAAACGCAUCAAAGCACGUUCAAUUACAGGGAAUCUGGCAGGGCCUUACCGCUCCGUCAAUAGCCAGAAGCAGCUCGUUUCAGAACUCCAUGAUGGACUGAGAACUCUUGAUAAAGUGUUUGAGUAUGCAGUUAAACACUUUCCUCAGAGAGACUGUGUCGGUACCCGAGAGGUGCUCAACGAGGAAGAUGAAGUGCAACCCAAUGGCAAGAUCUUCAAGAAGGUGAUAUUGGGUGAAUAUAAGUGGCUAUCAUAUGAAGAAACCUUUCAGUUGGUCCAGAGGUUUGGGAGCGGCCUGGCUGCCCUGGGUCAGAAGCCUCAGUGUAACAUUGCUCUCUUCUGUGAGACUCGUGCUGAAUGGAUCAUAGCAGCUCAGGCCUGCUUCAUGUACAACUUCCCAUUGGUGACGCUAUACUCUACUCUGGGAGGGGCAGCAAUAGCCCAUGGUCUGAAUGAGACAGAGGUCACACACAUCAUCACCAGUAAAGAUCUUCUGCAAAGUCGUCUCAAGGAAAUUCUGCUGGAGGUCCCUAGGCUUCAGCACAUUAUCAUUGUUGAUCAUAAGCCCACCAGCUGGCCUGGUCUACCCAGAGGCAUUCUGGUCCACAACAUGUCCUCUGUACAGGAACUGGGAGCAAAACCUGAGAACAUGAUGGUGCAGCGGAGACUGCCCCUUCCCAAUGAUAUCGCUGUGAUCAUGUACACUAGCGGUUCCACAGGAAUCCCCAAAGGAGUCAUGAUCUCUCACAGUAACAUCAUUGCUGGGGUAGCUGGCAUGGCUGAACGUAUCCCGAACCUGGAUGAGAAUGACACCUAUAUUGGGUACUUGCCACUGGCACAUGUGUUGGAGCUCAGUGCUGAGCUGGUGUGCGUUUCUCAUGGCUGCCGCAUUGGAUACUCCUCACCACAGACCCUCGCUGACCAGUCAACCAAAAUUAAAAAAGGCAGUAAAGGAGAUGCCACUGUCCUGAAACCAACGCUUAUGGCAGCUGUGCCGGAAAUCAUGGAUCGUAUCUAUAAGAAUGUUAUGACUAAGGUGGAUGAGAUGAGUCGAGUACAGAAGACUCUCUUUGCGUUGGCCUACAACUACAAGAUGGAGCAGAUCACUAAAGGAUAUAGCACUCCACUAUGUGAUCGUCUGGUUUUCAGUAAAGUGCGUUCAAUGCUGGGUGGGAAUACACGAGUGUUGCUGUCAGGAGGCGCUCCGCUGUCUGCCGCUACUCAGCGCUUUAUGAACAUCUGUUUCUGUUGUCCAGUGGGACAGGGCUACGGCCUCACAGAGACCUGUGGUGCCGGGACUAUUAGCGAAUUAUAUGACUACCGUACUGGCCGAGUUGGAGCACCUCUGGUGUGUUCUGAGAUCAGGCUUAAGGACUGGGAAGAGGGUGGAUACUACAGUACUGACAAACCCAAUCCUCGGGGGGAAAUUCUGAUUGGUGGACCAAAUGUUUCUAUGGGUUACUAUAAGAGCAAGGCAAAGAAUAAUGAAGACUUUUUUGUGGAUGGUAAUGGCCAGCAUUGGUUCUGCACAGGAGACAUUGGCGAGUUCCACUCUGACGGUUGUCUUAAAGUUAUUGAUCGUAAAAAGGACCUGGUGAAGCUACAAGCAGGAGAGUAUGUGUCAUUGGGAAAAGUGGAAGCAGCACUGAAAAACUGCCCUCUCAUCGACAACAUAUGUGCUUAUGCCAACAGCGAGGAGUCAUAUGUGAUUGGUUUUGUGGUGCCCAGUCAGAAGCAGCUGCUGGCUCUUGCCCAGCAGAAACAAGUGCGGGGGUCAUGGGAGGAAAUUUGUAACCACCCUGAUAUGGAGAAGGAGGUGCUGCGUGUCAUUACUGAAGCUGCUGUAAAUGCCAAACUGGAGCGUUUUGAGAUCCCAAAGAAGAUCUGUCUGAGUGCUGAGCCCUGGACUCCAGAGACAGGCCUGGUUACUGAUGCCUUCAAACUCAAACGCAAGGAGCUCAAAACUCACUACCAGGAAGAUAUUGAAAGGAUGUAUGGUGGCAAGUAAAAGAAGAAAGGGUCAAACAAUAGCAGGAAUUGGUUUAAUUCAAAGGAUUUAGAAUAACCACAAAGCCAACAUAAUUUGAGUCCAAAUAUACAUUCCUACAUUUUUUUUUUAAAUAAACCUCUUAUAUCAUAUAUAGGAACUAUUAAAUAAUUGUAAGGCAUUGGCUGACCAAAUGAAAUUGAAAAUCAAAGAUGGUAAGCAGGCAAUUAAAUAUGUUUAAUAAGCAACAAUAAAGCAGUUGUGACCAGCGUUGUUCUAGUGGACUUCUAGUGGACUAUCGGAAUACUUUAUUAAUCCCCAUGGGGUAAUUGGGUAUAGAUUUAUAAGAUAUACAUUUGUAUUAUAGACUAAGGAGAUACCAGGACCUGACAUAGAUCAUUUCAGGACAUAAUGACUUUACUUUGAAUCUUGGACGUUGUAAUGGAUGAACCAGCUCCAUGUAGGCACAAGAAGAAGAAAAAAAAACAGGAAAUUUACAAAGAGUGUCCUGUUGGAUUUUUUUUUUAAAAAAAUGAAGUCAAAAGACUUGAUAGUGAGACUGUUGAUCUGAUCGGUGCAAGGUAGCAUUAUGCAGGGAAACUGUUUUAAACUGUUAGUUCUGUUUGUUUCUGUUUGGUGAUUACUGGCAUCUGUGAAUUAGUCUCCAGAGAUUUCACUUAUUAGAUCAUAUUUUGUUCAUGUGUUUUGUUUUUUAAAUCAAAGCACUCCUUGAUAUUUAGAAUUUAUUUUUGUUUUGUUUCUUGCACUUUUUCUUGGUUAUUCUUGUUUUACAUUUAUUCCAAAGUGUGUUACAAAGAAUUACUGGUACUCUGGGAUGAAGUGAUCCUGAUGACAGCGUUCAUAAUUUUACUGUAUACUGCUCCUUGUAUAUAGUGCUCUAUUUUUGACUUUCAUACAUACUUUUAAUAGAUUAUUUGAAGCUCUCCAUUCCUAUUUCUACUCCUCCAGUGGGUUGUCUUAAAAAAAGUGUUUAGCUAAUACCACCAAUAUGACUGACUGUACAUGGAAAGAGUGUGACAUGGAACUCAGCACUUAUGGCAUAUUCUGCAGAACAUGGGCAUAUUUGUAUUUUCAGAAGUUUCACCUGUAUAACAUUAACAACACCCAUUAAUGUUCAUCAAAAGAAGGAUUCACUAAAACCGAAUUGAACAAUUUAGCAAAUUGAACUCAAGAACACCUUGUCACUCUUUUCUGGGAAAUAUUUUAGAUUAUUAAUUAAUCCAGGCUGUAAAGUGUUAAUUCUGUCUGUGACAGAGAAGCAACACUCAGAAGUGACUCCAUUGUAGAAACUUGGAUGUGUUCGGGAUCAUUUUGGCCUUGAUCUCAACAGCUAAAGGAAAAAAGAACUCUUUUUACAAUAAACUAAUGAUUUCUAUAAAUAACAUCAAUCAACAAGAGAGGUUUUACCCUUUUUUUUUUUUUUUUGUGAAGUAAGUGUUAAAAUGAGAAACAAUAUGAUUUUCCUUAUUUUGUAUGAAUUUUGUGAACAUUCCUCUUCACGAAAAGACCAAGUAAAACAGGACUUGCAGACUUCUGAUGAAAUCACAGAACAAAAAUAGUUAGGUUAUAAAUUGGUAGUUUCUGUAGAAUAUGCCUCAUAUUAAUGUUCCUGACACAUUGUUAAUCAUACUGGUGUUUUGGUUAAACCUGAUCUUUUAAGAUGGUAUUAAAUGUUCUGCCAACUAUUGCUACUGUUACAGAAGAACUAAGCAUUGCAUUGUUGAAUAAACCAGCAAGUUAACUCUUCACUCCAAUUCAUACAGGGGGUGUGUACAUAUGUGUUGGGAUUUAUGAGUGUUUUAUAUUUCCUCCUUAUCCUCCAAACUAGACAGGCAUUUGAAUUAAUGCUCAUGUGUGUUUUGUCCCUCUCCAGUGUUUAGUCAGCUCUGCUUAUUUAUCUAUUAGGAUUCUGUUUAAAUCUGUUUCACAGGAUUAGCAAGAAGUGGGCAGGGAAUAUAUAAAGCUUUACAUUUGUGCAUACAUCAUAUGCCUUUAGUCCAUACUCCUUUAAGAUCUACAGAAACAUAUUAGACGAAUGUUUACAUGAGACAAGUAUGUGCAGAAGGUUCAUGCCUUUGCAGAGACAUUUAAGUCUAAAACCAUCAGACUUUUAUAUUGAACUCCUAUAUCUUGAUAUUGUCAUGGGACUAGUUGGUAGUUUGUGUUGAAUAAAAGUGUAAAAUAAAUGUGCAAUAAAUAUUUUUAUUUCAUUAUACACCUGUAAAUGCACAAUACUGACUACAAGAGCAUGAACUAACUUUCUGAUUAGACUUCUCAAGGUAUUUCAGUGGAGUUUAGUGAUAACAUUUUAUGAUUCAAAACGUAGUAGUUAUAGAGACAGACAUGGCAAACAUUGUAUUUAGGAAGGUUUUUUUUUUUUUUUUGGUGAUAUGUUAUAUUAGUAUUUAGUGCAUUCUAGUUCUAAAAUUAGGAACAAUUUGGCUAUAUUUUGGUGUCCAAGUAUUCCUCCAAGGUGAACAUUUAAACCAUGUCAGUGCCCGCAAAACAAUGUGUACUGCAACGCUUUGAAACAAUAGUUUAAUUGUAUAUAAUAGUUUAAGUAAGUGUCUUCUAAAUAUUAUCUGCCUUAUAAAAAAAAACUUUCAUUUUUAGCUGGUUGUCCUGAAACAGUGCAAGCAAAUCCGUUAAAAGCAUGUGAUGUUGAACUUAAACCUAAGAACAGUAAAUGCCAAUCCAGUCCCUAACUUUCACUUCCUACUGCACUUACUGAGUCCAGUUCAAUAAUCUCGACACCCUGCACACUGUAGACAUAACUAUCUGAUUCUGAAACAUAAAAUAGUUAUCUGAUAUCAUUACCUGUGACACAUGCAUGUUUUCUUUCGACAGUUAUUAAACUCGGCACCUUUGCACAUUUAGGUGAUUUUUCUCUGAUUCAGCUGCAGACUUAAUCCAAAAGUCUGAUGCUCAUGUUUAAAUUCAUGAAUCUGGUUAAGUGUGGUUAAAGAGAAAAUCUGGUUUGUAUUUACACAGCAAACUUAGAUGUUUAAAUCACAUCUGCCUUCCAUCUCCUUUUAUUUAUUUAUUUAUUUAUUUUUUAACUGUGUAAUUGUGUUAGCCUGUUCAAAAGCAUGUAAAUGUACUCCAGGUCAUGCCUGGAUCCAGAAACCGAAUCCAAUUGCAUGUGUUUACACCUAUUGGGGGGGACAACACAUGAAUCUAUAAGAUCUGAAAAUCUGAACUCUUAUUAUACACUCCUUUUAGUGCUUACGUUGUAAAUAUCUGUUGCUCUUCUCUAAGAACAAAAAUCCAUUCCAAUGCCAGAUGUAAACCAUAUACUGAUUGUUUUGUUUUGUUUUUGUUUCUUGGUUUUGAUUUAAUUUUGGGGUAUUGAUUCUCUUUGAUGUGAAUGAAAUUACUGUUAUGCAGGUCACUUCUACUUUUUAUUUAUUUGGAAUUUUGCAUUGAAAGUGUGUACAAGAAUAAAGGUUUGUGACACUUC